CCCGUGGUGCCAUGUCCAAGUGCAUCAUAUCAAGCUUCAAUCCGACAGUAUUGCGACUGUGAAUACACACUACAAAUCCAUUGAGUUUGCACAAUACUCCAAAACUCUUCCAAGAUGCUCUCCUUCCGGAUGCCGAUGCCCAAGGGCGUGCCUGCCUACAAGAGCAAGUUCGGUCCCAACUACCACCUCCAGCCCAAUGUCCACGGCACUACUCUCAAGACCAUCGCCGGAAUCGGCAUGAGGGCAGCUGGUUUUGGUGGUGUCGCGCUCGGCGCCGUCAUCUUCCUCGCCUCGGGUAUUCCCAGGAUACAGCAGGACAUUCUGGGCUACAUCCCUGGUCUGUCCAAGUACUACGAGAAGGAUCUCCCCGCCUCUGACAACCCUUUCUAAACUUGACGCGUCCGUUAUGCGUCACAAUAUGGUGGUUGCUAGUACGACUUAGACGAGAGCAAAAUGUAGGAUCUCGGUACAGGAGUAGCAUUGUAGACCAAGAACGUUAUUGCAAUAGAAUUCCAUUCCAUCGUUUACAGCAUGGGUCUCAUUUGCGAAAUUGCAACGAUUUGUUACUUGCAU